CUAAAUUCUUUGGGAAUUAAUAAUCCUGCCUCGGUGGAGACGGGCCUCUCAUUAGACCGGAUAAGCAGGGGCUUAAUCGGGAGCCCAACAACGACAACACACCGGAGAACGUUUUUGCGUCUCUUGAUCGUGGUUGCGUAUUUUGUCCCUUGGGAGUCGGAAUGCCGCGAAGACUCACAUCUCUAGCCGCAAAGCCAAAGGGCAAAGCCGAGGAGCGACAACUCAUCCUGUUUGUCCAUCGGCAGGAGAAGAUCUCACGCUGGGACUCUUAACCGUUUCGGACAAACAAAAGCAAGCCCGAAACGGCAGCAACUUCUUCCUAGUUUCUUCUCAGCGCUGUCUCGGGAUGGCUUUUGCGGAACUUUUGGACCGCGUGGGCAGCACGGGCCGCUUCCAGGUGCUCAACGUGGUGCUGCUGUGCUUCCCGACCCUCUUCAUGGCCACUCACAACUUGCUGCAGAAUUUCACGGCGGCCGUGCCGGGACAUCACUGCCGCGUCUCCGCCAACCUCACCUGUGGCGACAACGGCACCGGGAGCCUGGACUGUCGGCAUCUCUUCAUCCCGACGGACGGGCAGCGGACGCUGCAGAAAUGUCGCCGCUUCGUCACCCUCCCGCGGCCGGCCCCGGGUUCCAAUUCCACCGAACUGGGAGGAAUGGAGUCCCGGGAGGAGCCGUGUCUGGACGGAUGGGUCUACGAGGAGGAGGAGUUUGCCUCCACCGUCGUCACGGAGUGGGACCUGGUGUGCGACUUCCGAAACCUGCAGCAAAUGGCCCAGUCGAUCUACAUGGCCGGCGUUUUAGCGGGCGCCGUGGUGUUCGGUGGCCUCUCGGACAAGUUCGGCCGGAAAGCCCUGCUCCUCUGGUCCUGCUUCCAGAUGGCCGUCUCGGGGUCCUGCGCGGCCUUUGCCCCCACUUUCACCGCCUACUGCGCCUUCCGCUUCCUCUCCGGGAUGGCGCUCUCGGGCGUCGGACUCAACUGCUCCUCUCUCUCGGUGGAGUGGACCCCCAUGCAGCACCGGGCGACGGUCAGCAUGGCCACCGGGUACAGCUACAGCGCUGGGCAGUUUGUCCUGGCCGGAGUGGCCUUUGCCAUCCGGGACUGGCGCUGGCUCCAGCUGGCGCUCUCCUUCCCGUACUUUGUCUUCUUCCUCUACGGAUGGUGGUUUGUAGAGUCUGCCCGGUGGUACGCAACUGCGGGAAAACUGGAGAAGGCGCUCAAGGAGUUGCAGAAAGUGGCACGGAUCAACGGACGGAAAGAACAAGGAGAGAAGCUGAGCCUAGAGGUCUUGAAAGCCAGCUUACAGAAAGAUACCGUCUCUGCCAAAUCCAGCUUCACCGUAGCUGACCUGGUGCGCACACCGGGACUGCGCCGCAUCACAUGCUGCCUUUGUUUUGUAUGGUUCUCCACCAGCUUCGCUUAUUACGGCUUGGCGAUGGACUUGCAGAACUUUGGCGUCAGCAUCUACCUGAUCCAGGUGAUCUUCGGGGCGGUGGACAUCCCGGCCAAACUCGUUGCUUUCCUUCUCAUCUGCUCUUUCGGGCGUCGGAUCACUCAAGCGCUGAGCCUCAUCUUGGCCGGGCUGUCCAUUGUGGGAAACCUCUUUGUUCCUCAAGAUAUGCCGCUCCUUCGCACCGUCUUGGCUGUUUUCGGGAAGGGGUGCCUGGCGGCGUCCUUCAAUUGCGUGUUUUUGUACACCGGAGAACUCUACCCCACUGUGAUCAGGUCGACCGGGAUGGGCUUUGGCAACACGAUGGCACGGAUUGGUGGGAUCGUGGCUCCCUUGGUGAGGAUGGUCAGCGAGUCUUCCCCAACCCUGCCUUUGGUCAUCUAUGGGGCGGCCCCCAUCGUCUCUGGCAUCGCGGCCUGCUUCCUUCCCGAGACCUUAAACGUGCCGCUUCCUGACACCAUCAACGAUGUCGAAAGCCCAGACGCGGAGAGACGGAAAGAAGCCGAAGCCUCCCAGCAAGACGGCAUCGUCCUGAAGGAGAGAGGAACGAAGGAAAUCUAGAAAAUGUAGAGAAAAAAGACUUGGAUGAACCCAAGUGGAGCUGAGGAUCGGGACCGUCCCUUUCUCGAAAGAGCUUUUCACCUGCAAUGUAUCGUGCAAUAAAAACUGUGACAUAUGACAUUGA